GCUAUUGAACACCGCAUCCCGGGGAUAAGGGCACUAUCCUAUGCCGAUGACCUAGGGAUUAUAGCCCAGGAUAAUUCAAUCUCCGGGGUAUGCAGGCAGCUAGAGAGGGCGGCUGCGGCCGCUAGUGAUUGGGGGCUUACAAAUGGGGUGCAGUUCGACCCAGAGAAGACCGAGGCGGCCCUAUUCGCUAGGUCAACUGGCCGGGAGUUUAGGGAGAAGGCUAGGCGUGCCCGGGUGCAGGUAGGCACUAAGGCAGUAGUGUGA